AUAUAUAUAUAUAAUCAGUUUAUAAUUAACUAUUUAAAUAAAAAAGCAUAUUAAGAGUAAAAUUGUAUGUAAUCAUAAAAAGAAGUAUAGAAUAACUAGUGGAUUGAGCAGAUUGUUUCUAAAACAAGUGCACCUAACAAUUCAGUAAAAUCAUGUGCGACAGCAAUCUACUGACAUUAAUGUUCGUGGCAAUAACUGUGCCUACGUAUACAUGGUUUCACGGCAAUUUUGUAAUAUCAUAUUAAAAACAUAUUCUUCCUGAAGAAUUACAAUAUUACGUAUAAUUAUUAAUGAUCUGCAUAACUUUUCACAAUGCCUUCCUGAACACCGUGAAAUAAUGUUUUUUGUUAUCUUUAAACUGAAACAUUUAUUGCCUCUGAUCCCAACCUAAUUUCACGUAAACACGUUCAUGAAAAGUGAUAUAAUUUAAUUGGAGACACGCAAGAUUCAAAUAUUUUGGAAAAAUGUUUCAAAAACUUAAAAACAAGCUAGCAGAAGAAAUGAAACAAUCACCCGCCAGAUUGCAAGCGAGCAUGCAGCAACUGGCCCAGGCUGUUGUGUCUCCUUCUUUAUCCAAUAGUUCAAUUCAGGAGUUAUCCACGUCUAAUGACAAUUUUAGUUUAACUGAGGAAGGAGAUGAAACUCCAAAGAAUAGUCCUGUUAAACAUGGUUUUCAAAAUGUAGAUUUGAUAUCACCUACAUCAAACUCUAUGGGUAUAUCUAGAAGAUCAUCAAUUAGCAGUGUUACUAGUGAUACUUCAGCUCUUUUUCCAAUUUAUGAAAGCCCUGCUAAUAUGUACCACUUACAGUCUGAUAUGGAUCAAUCUGCUAGCGAAAUAGAUGAAAACAUAAGUUCACAAUUAGAUAAGGUUACAAAAGAUCAAAUAUAUUCGGCUUAUCGAAAGGUGCAAACUAAAUAUCACAAAUACCGUGGAAGAUAUACCGAUUUAGCAACACACUAUCGAGAACUGGAAAGAGUUAAAGGCAAAUUAGAAUCAGUAUUAGUGGAAUCGCAGGAUAAAGCCCUGAGACGUAUAGCUGAUUUAAGAGAACAAUGUCAAUUGGAACAACAGGCGAAAGCUCAUUUGGAAGAAGCACUGAGAAAUGAUAUUGAAGAAAAAGAUCAUAUAAUAAAUACAUUAAAUACAAAAAUCAAACUUUUACAAACUAAUGGAUCGAAUUUGGAGGGUGCAACUUCUAAUACUAAUGAUGAGAAAGAAAAUUUGAAAGAUAAUCUUAUUGAUUUAAGCACUGAAUCAUCAAAUGCUUUGAAUGAAAAUACAUUGGCAUUAGAAAAUGCACAAUUGAAAGACAAAUUGAAGAAAUUGGAAAAUGUUGUCUUAAAAUGGAAAGAUUCUUUAAAACGGAAUAAAGAAAAAUUUAUGGAAGUAUCGACAGAAAAAAAUACAUUGGAAAGUGAUUAUGAAACACUGAAAAAUUCUUAUGCAGAAAAGGAAAAGGAAUUGAGUAAUGUAUAUAUAGAAGUGAAGGAGCUAACAGAUCAAGUGAAUAUUCUAAAAAAACGGGAAGAGGAAUCUGCGAUAUCAUUAGCUGAGAAUAAACUUUUCAUACAUAGAGAAUUAGAAGAUAAAGAAGAACGGAUAAAGCAACUUAGAUUGGAUUUGAAACAUAUGACAGAAUCUAAAGAUAGUUUAAGUGAAAUUAUUAACAAGUAUAAAACAGAAGUAGAAAAAUUGAAAUUACUUCAUUCUUCUCAAAAUUCAGAUCCAGAGAAGAAAGAAGUUGUACAAGAUAUAUCCAGAGGAAAAUCAGAAGCUCUAAAACUUAUGCAAGAAGAAAUGCAGCAAAAAUUAAUCAAAUUGGAAGAUAAGAUUGGAUUAAGAUACCAUGAAGAUAUCGAUGGUAAUAAAGAACAUUUAAAAAAUUUAGAAGUAGCUGAAAAAGAAAAUACAUUGGAAAAGAAACUAAAAGUCAGUCACAGCGAAGUACUUGAAGAUUUAAGAUCUAAAUUAGAUAAAAAAGAAAAUGAAUUACAAGAAAUGAAAGGAAGAUUUGAGGAAUUACAAAAACUUACUGAAGAGUAUCAAAAUGAGAAAGAAAGAUUAUUUACAGAACUUUCCAGCUGUAAAGUCUAUUGUAAAGAAUUGAAAAAUGAACAAGAUGCACAGAAAAUUAUUGCUGAUGAUAUAACAAAACAGGCACAAAUUAAAAUUAAAAAUCAACAAACAAUUAUACAAACUCGCGAUGAAGAGCUGAAAAACCUGAGAGAGAUUUUAAUGAACAAGGAUAAAGACGAAAAUUCUGAACUAAAUAAAUUAAAUGAAGAAUUAGAAAAUAAAAACACUGAAUUGCUUGGAGUAUACAAUGAACUUAAGUCUUGUAAAUCUAGUAUAUCUGAUCUUAAGAACAAGCUUCAAACAGAUUGUUCUAAUGCUGAGUUGUUUCAUAAAGAAAAAUCUAUUUUAAUUAAAAAUAUUUUAAAUUACAAAGGUACUCUUCAAAAGUUAAAAGAAGAUGGUGUGUGUAUUAAAAGUACAUUAAUAGAACGUUAUACACACUUUAAUGAUGAAAUUUCUGUUCUUAAAAACGUACUUACCACAUAUAUAGAACGAAAUAAUGCUAUUCAAAAUGAUGAAAUGGAAAAUAUACAAAUUAAAAUGCAGGAAUUAUCUGAACUCAGAGGAAAACAUGACGACUUACAGACAGAAUUAAGAGAUAUUUUAAGUCUUAAAUGCAGUUUGGAAGCAGAUUUAGAAAAAUGUAAAGAACAGCUUAAGGAAAUGUCGUUAGUACUUGAACAGCGGAACGAACUCGAGUUAAAGAAUUCUAAACUUGUAGCAGAAAUGAAUAAACUUCAGUGUAAAUUAAACCAUUUCGAGAACCUAUCUGAAGAACUUAAUUUUACAAAUCAAUCACUUUCUAAUGAAGUCUCUGAUUUAAAAGAACAUCUUCAGAAAGCAAUUAACGAUGUGAAAGAAUUCGAUAAUUUGAAAGCAAAUUAUAUAGAAGCAACAGAAACUAUUGCAUUACUAAAAUCUGAAAAUUCCAAAUGUAAUAAGUUGGAAGAUGAAGCAAAGGCUUUACAAUCAGAAAUACAAAACUUAAAAGAUAGUUUAAUCGAAAAGGAUAAAGACAUAAAUACUUUCAGCGAAACUUUGGAGACUAAAGAAAAUGUUAUACAAAAUUUGAAAACGGAGAACGAAAAUAACGUAAAAUUAUUUGAAGAACGUGAAAAAGAAAUUAUUGAACUUACAGAUAAAAGAAAAGGAUUACAAAAGACAUUACAGACCAAAUUAGCUCAACUAAAAAAGUUAAAAAGUAUUAAAGAAGAACAAGAUACAACGAUACAACAAUUAAAUGAUGAGAUUAACGAAAUGAAAAUUAAAAAUACGAAAUUACUUGACGAGUUAAACGCAUUAGAAAAAGUAACGGAUGAAUUAAAAUCUGAAAACUGCCAAAUUACAAAACUAAAAGAUAAUAAUUCAACAAUAAGUACAGAAUUGGAACAAUUAAAAUUAAUACAAAAUGAAAUAAAUUUAGAAAAUAAAAAUUUAAAAGAUAAACAAAAUGAAUUUUUAAAGCUUAAUCAAGAACUAAAUGAGUCUAAUGAAAAGAUGAAGGAAACAAUUUUAAGUUAUAAAAAACACAAUCAACAAUUAUUGAAUGAUAAUACGCAAUCGCAAAAAGAAAUUGAACUAUAUAAAAGUAAUUUAAAUGAACAAACUAAAGAGAUAGAAAAUUUAAAAACGCAAAUAACAGUAUUAAAUACAAAGUUACAGUCUAAAACUAAAGAAUUACAGUCGCAAAUUGAAGAAUUAAUUCAGUACAAAAAGGAAACAGAAGAAAUUAAGGAACGUAUCAUUAGAGAAAAUGAAACUCUACAAAAUGAAAUGUUUGAAUUAAGUUUAAUUUUAAAAAGUAGGGAUAACAUAGAAGAAGAAAAUAAAGAACUUUUAAAAACUAUAGAAUCAUUAAAAGAAAAACUUUUGGCGUUAACAUCUGUUGAAGAAGAAAAUAAUAAACUGAAGUUAGACCUAAAUAACUUAAAUAAAGAAAAAGAUAGUUUAGAAGAUGUUCAAAUACAAAAUAAUGAAUUAGUUAAGGCACAGUUAUCUUUAAAGGAAAAGAUAACAGAAUUGGAAAAUGUAGAGUCUGUGAAUACGAAACUUCAAUCUUACGUAAAUAAUUUAGAAUCCAAGAUAUCUAAUUUACAGGAAAUACAGUCGAGGAAUGUUGAAUUACAGACUGAAUUUGAUACAUUAAAAAUUACAAAUGUAGAAUUAUUAUCUGAAAUAAAAAAUAUGAAUGUAGAUAAAGGUAAAUUAGUAACGGAAUUAGAUGAAUUAAAAUUUGUGGUAGACGAAAAAGUAGCAGAGUUAAAGUUACUAGAUACUAAGAAUACAGAAUUGUUAAGAGAAAUUGAAAGAUUAAAAUCUUCAAUGACAGAAGAAGAAUCGACAGAAUUAGAACUAUCGAGACGAACUAUUGAGCAUUUAAAAGGAGAAAUCGCUAAAAUACAAGCAGAAACAGAGAUUCUUUUAGAAUCAAAUACUGCAUUACAAAAAGAAAUGCAAAGUGUUCAUAAUGUUAAGGUUGUGGAUGAAUCCCUCAUUGAAAAAAGUAAUAUGCUACAAGAAGAAAAGAAAAAAUUAGAAGCACAAUUAGAUGAAGUUUUAAUAACAUUCCAGGCAAAAGAAUCACAAAUGCAAAUUGUUAAUAAUGAUUUAAAAAAUCAAGCGGAUAAAUUACGAGAAGAAUUAAAAACAAAUGAAGAAGAACAAAGCAUGAGAAUAAAGCAAUUGGUUAAAGAAUUUCAGGCUCAAUUACAAGAUAAAGAAGAAGAAUUGCAUGCUGCACUGGAAAAACGUUUCGAUCGUCAGCAAAAUUAUGAAUCAAAUUUAAUUCAUCAAUAUAAAGAACAGUUAAAAGAUUUUCAAGUAGAAUUAACUGCGAAAUCUGAACAAAUAGAAAAUUUAAUUUUAGAAAAUAAAAAUUUGAUGUCACAAAAAUCAAAGGACAUAAACCAAGUAAUGGAAAAAAUUUCAUUAAUGAAAAAAGAACACGCAGAUGAAGUUAAAGAAAUCGAAAAGAAAUGGAAGGCAAUUAUGCAACAGAAAACUGAUAUGUUGGAAGCAAAACAUGAAGAAGAAAUUAGUGAAUUAACAAAAGAAUGGCAAAACGAGAGAAGGCCUGAUGUAGAAACCGAUUUAGUUUCUAAGGAAUUAGAGAGCACUUCUAGAGUUGCAAUGGCAGCAGUACAAUCAAAUACUGGUUCCUUUCACACACUUCAACAAACGUUAACAGCUCAAAGGCGAGAAUUAGCUGAACUUAGAAAAAUAGUAAAAUUAAGACAUGAUACAUUAGAGGAUUCAACAGAGAUAGAAUACCUUAGAAAUAUUUUAUUCGAGUAUAUGAUGGGAAGAGAAACAAUGGUGCUAGCUAGAGUGAUUGCUGCAGUUGUUAAAUUUGAUCAAGAACAAACAGCAAAAAUACUUAAAAAAGAAGAAGAUAAAAUGACACUGCUUGGUUCUUUGGGUCUCACAUAGUGCAAAAUAAUGUAUAUAAUUUAGGAAUGUUAUAUCUUCUACUAUACAAGGGCAAAUAUGAACUGUUCAUCCAUAAACAUGGUAUGUUCUUAAUAACUUUUAUAACUAUUUAUAAGUUUAACUAAUAAAAUAAACAUUUAUUGUUACAAGGAUUGCCUGCAAUUUAUGCAUGUGCUCUUUCUUGAGAUUCUUUAUGUUAUACAGUGUAAAGGAUAUCAAAUUUUGUAAGAUAAUUUUGUUUGAAAAUUUAUAAUAUUUUAUUUCGUAAAAAUAAUAACCAUUAUCAGCAAUGUACUUGUUACAUGUACAUAAAUUGUAUAAUUACUACAUGUUAAUUAAUAAAGUCAAUUUAAUAAUGACUACUUCAUA